AGCAGCAGCAGCAGCAGCAGCAGUCUUGUAUGUGGAUCCUUGGCAGCAGCUGCAGCAGGAGGAGAUACAUCCCAGACCCAACUGCCUGUGCAACAUGGUCGUUUUAAGAGCCGUCGCUUGCCUGUGCCUGCUGGUUGGCUACUCGCUCCAGGUGGACGUGAAAAGUGGCAAAGAGGCAGGAAAAGCCGGGAAUUUCAUGGAAGAUGAGCAAUGGCUGUCCACCAUCUCCCAGUACAGCCGUAAGAUCAAGCACUGGAAUCGCUUCAGAGACGAAGUCGAGGAUGACUACAUCAAAAACAUGGAGGAGAACAUGGGCUCUGAUGAAACCGUGGACACCACCAAGGACCCGUGCCAGAAUGUGAAGUGCAGCCGCCAUAAGGUGUGCGUCGCUCAGGGCUACCAGAGGGCCAUGUGUGUCAAUCGCAAAAAACUGGAGCACAGAGUGAAGCAGUCAGGGCAGGUGGAGGCUCAUGAAAGCACCUGCAAGCCUUGUCCCGUGGCUGCCUCUUCACCUGUAUGUGGCUCUGAUGGACACAACUACGCCUCUGAGUGCAAGCUGGAGCAGCAGGCCUGCCUCACAGGCAAAGAGCUCAGUAUCCUUUGUGCUGGCUUCUGCCCCUGUGCCACAGCCUCCGUCACCCUCACAAAUACUGACACAAAACGUGAGAGCUGCACGGGCCAGGACCUGGCAGACCUGGGCGACCGCCUGAGAGACUGGUUCCAACUCCUUCAUGGAAACGCAAAGCAGAAUAACUCUGGCAAGCUCGGAGCUGGCACCGCUUCAGCGCUGGACAGGAGCCUCGUAGCCAGCUGCAAGGACUCCAUCGGCUGGAUGUUCUCCAGGCUGGACACCAACAGUGACCUGUAUUUGGACCAAGCUGAACUCGCUGCUAUUAACCUGGACAAGUACGAGGUCUGCAUCCGACCCUUCUUCAACUCCUGUGACAGCUACAAGGAUGGGAAGGUUUCUACGGCGGAGUGGUGCCUCUGCUUCUGGAGGGAAAAGCCGCCGUGCCUCGCCGAGAUGGAGAGGAUCCAAGUGCAGGAGGCAGCCAAGAAAAAGCCUGGGAUGUACAUUCCCAGCUGCGACGAGGACGGCUACUACAGGAAAGUGCAAUGCGACCAAAGCCGAGGGGAGUGCUGGUGCGUCGACCAGCAUGGUGGAGAGAUGAUGGGCACCAGAAUCCAUGGCAACCCUGACUGUGAUGAAGUGGCGGGAUAUUCUGGAGAUUUUGGGAGUGGAGUGGGAUGGGAGGACGAAGAGGAGAAGGAGGCAGAGGACACCGGAGAGGAAGCGGAAGAGGAGGAAGAGGAGGAGGGCGAGGCAGACGAUGGAGGAUACAUCUGGUAGAACUGUCUGACCCCAUGUGGAGAGCCGAGUCACAGCCGCUGGCCUGAAAAUCUACAGGGAUGGCUCUCUCCUCAUAGCAAAAAGAUUUUGGGAUCGGACCGGGGAAGGCAUGGAGUUGUGUAUCAUCCUGGUGGGAUAUGAGGUACCGGGCGGGUCCAGGGAUGAGACAAUGACCAGUUUUUGUCUUAGAUAUGUGUAAUUGCUUCAUUCUCUUGUCUCUGUUUUUUGAGCAACAGAGCUUUUUGUUUUGCCGUCCUGGAAAAGCAGGACCCACUGACUACUGCGCCAUAGGUAGCUAAAGUCCAUCAGAAUUCCUAUCGCCCAACCGCCAUCUAUGCAUAUAGAGAUUACCAGUAAUUUUGUAUCGUGUGAACUGCUUCAGUAUUAGAGCCGCCGCCCCACUGGAAUGACUAGAGAUCAGAAUUUAGAGGUAUAUUUUGACUUUUUGGGAAAUUAGCUUGAUUGUUGUCUUUUUGAGAGUUUUGUGAGAAGCUUAAUAUCUCUCUAGUGUUGAAUAUGAAGCUAGAGCAGGGAGACUGUUAGCUUCGCUUAGCAUAAAGACUGGAAAUGGGUAAACAGUUGCUAGGCUGUGUCUGGAGCUUAAAAAAUCACCCUACCAAAACAUCUAAAGCUCACUAAUUAACAUUUUAUAUCUUAUAGCUGUCUUCUUGUUUAAUCCGUGUGUAGCAGUGUAACAGUAACACGUUUGUCACUUUGCAGCAUUAUGUGUCGGACUAUCCAGGAAGUAACGGCAGGAAAAGAAAUGAUCCAGCACAUACAUUCUUCCUCAAAAAAAAGGGUUCCAAUAGGGUUCCUGCUUAAGGGCUGAGGUGCUACCCAGAACAAUUUGCCUCAUAAGAACCCACAUUUGAAAAACGGGUUAAUCAAGGGUUCUUUGUAAGACUUAGGGUUCCAUUCCAAACCCUUUUUAUCCAAAGAACCCUUUUUUGAAGAAAGAGUUCUCCAAGGAUUGUUCAGAGCAUGGGUGAUAAAAGAUCCUCACCCUCAAAUAUUUAUAUAUUUUCAUUUUACUUGUGUAUUGCCUUAGUAGAUGUCUCUAGCAUCACUUUAUGCCAUACAACACCACAUGGUCUGCUGAAUUUUUUUUUAGGCACUCAGUACUUGACAUUUUGUAUUCUUGAGUUUCGAUUCCCCAACCCUACUGCAACAUUGAAAUAGUAAUGGUUGUAGUAAUAGCAGCGAUUUCACAAAAUCUCCUUCACCCAAAGAUGUGACUGUGAACCAUGAGUGUUUUGGAUUGCGCUGGACCACAUCAUCUGGGACCCUUUAUGAGUUUCUGAAAGUCCAAGACUGCUGGAUGUGAAUAUCCUGGGUAGGUUCUAGCUGAAACCCUUGAAAUAUGACAUGAUUCAUGGUAGAAUUCCCUGCGUGUGUUCUAGGUGAAACCCUUGAAAUAUGACAGAAGUUGUGGUAGAAUUCCCUCGAUGGAUUCUAGAUGAAACCCUUGAAAUAUGACAUGAUUCAUUGUAGAAUUCCCUGGGUGGGUUCUAGAUGAAACCCUUACAUUUUGACAAAGGUCAUGGUAGAAUUCCCUGGGUGGGUUCUAGAUGAAACACUGUAAAUAAGCCAUGGUUCGUGGCAGAAUUACCUGGGUGGGUUCUAGCUGAAACCCUUGGAAUAUAACAUGGUUCAUGGUGGAAUAUCCUGGGUGGGUUCUAGAUGAAACCCUUGGAAUAUAACAUGGUUCAUGGUGGAAUAUCCUGGGUGGGUUCUAGAUGAAACCCUUGAAAUAUGACAUGGUUUCUGAUAGUAUUCCUAGGGUGGGUUCUCGAUGAAACCCUUAAAUUUUGACAAAGGUCAUGGUAGAAUUCCCUGGGUGGGAUCUAGAUGAAACCCUUGAAAUGUGACAGAGGUUGUGGUAGAAUUCUUUGGGUAGGUUUGAGAUGAAACCCUUGAAAUAUGACAUGGUUCAUGGUAGAAUAUCCUGGGUGGAUUCUAGAUGAAACCCUUGGAAUAUAAAAGUGUUCUUGAUAGAAACCUCUUAGUGGGUUGUUGUUAGUACUAUUACAAAGUGGAAAGGUUCUGGACAGAGCCUCCAGAGAGGUUUCGGGAUGAGCCCAUUACAUCAUAGAAGGGUUCUCUGUAAAACCCCUCAUAGGGGGUUCUGGGUGGCACCUUUCACAGAUGGUAGUAGUUAUAACUAAAUGUUGGGUUCUGGGUAGAAUCCUCCUAAAGGGUUUCAGGUGGAAUCUAUAUUGAAGGUUUUACCAGAACCCAAAAAGGAUCUCUUAUGGGGACAAGCUAAAGAACCCUGUAUGGUUCCAGAUAGCACCUUUAUUUCCCCAUGAGUGUUAUACCCCACAAAAAUGCCAUUUCUUUGUACUUACUAAACAAACAAGAUAUUUGUGAGCUUUAGAGGUGCUGGUUGGCAGAUUUUGUUUCCUUAGGACUGAGCCAGAGUAACUGUUUAUCCUGAUUUUAAUCUUUUGUGAAUGAUUUGUCACUGUUGUGUUCACAACUUGUUUCUGCUGCCAUCAAGUGGCCAAAAUAUUCAGUUAUUGAUAUCUAACAGCUUCCCAUCUGUAGCUUCAUAUUUACCAUACAGACCGAGGGUAGUAUUGAUCUUCUCAUCAAGUGUAUUUCCUAAAAUUUUGACCUACUCCUUUAAAACAGUUCAGUGCAAUGUGGUUAUGUAUUUCCAAACUGAUUCUGUAUAUAAAUCCAGAGUAAGUGAUCUGUGAAGCGAGCUUCGAGGAUUUCAGGUUACCACGGUUCCAUUCUACCUUAAUGAUAAAGGUGCGCCACAGCUCAUAGCAGUUUUUAAACCUUACAUGCUUCACAAAUUAUACACACAAUACAGGACCUACAUUUCCAGUACUUUUAUUGAAAACCAGUAGAAUGUACUUUAAUGGCCCAAACUGCACCCACGGUAGAAACCACUAGUCACUCUCAUCUGCUGAAAUCAUGUCAAAGAAUGUGCCACAACUAUGUUUUAUUCUGAGUUUGCAACUUGAAAAACUGUAUUUUGUGUUUAUAAAAAAAAGAAAAUGUGUGCAUUACUUGAAGUUUUGUGUGUAUACUUGAAUUCACAUUGUAAUUUUUUUCUAUGAGAAUAUCGUUGCCAUGUCUUCAUCCAUGCUAUUGGUAGGCCAGACAUUUGGUUGUUUUUAGUAUUGCAUGUUAGUAUAUAAGAAUGUACUUCUAGGCUGAGCACUUUACUAAUAAAGGCACUGGAGCCAAACUGUA